AUGGCGGAUCCGGAGGAUACGGCAAAUCUUAGAGCUCAGCUUGAAGUUAUUUCGCAAGAAACAUCAUUUUUUAAAAAGUAUUUCGCGUUAAGGAAAAGAUGUGAGCAGCUUCAACAGACCAAUGAAAGGAUGGUAAAUAGAAUUCAGCAUGUGAAAAAGUUGAUAAAGAGGUACAAACGAGAUAAGAGAUUUCUGACAAGCCGUCUUGAUGAACAUGGUGACAACUACAGAGAUGCCCAGGUUCCACACAUGUGGGAGGAAGAUCAGUUUUACGGCAGCUUGAGAACAUCUGGAAUGGGCUCAGACUCGGAGACGGACACCAAAAACCGGUUUGAACACAGAUCAGCCCUAUCCUCGAUCCAGCCUCUGUUGCAAGCACAUGGACUUGGAGGCUUGGAUGCUGGAGCUAAAACUCGGAAGAUAAAAACAGAAAAAGAGAAAGACCCCAAUGCCCCCAAGAAACCAGCUAAUGCCUUUCUUAUGUUUUGCACAACACAGCGUACAGUGGUACAAGAAGAAUACUUCAAGGAGCACAAGGAAGAGAUUGCCCACCACGAACUCACAAAGUCAUUGGCCCAGCAGUGGAACGCUUUAGUUCCUGAGGAGAAAAGGGUCUAUUAUGAAAUGUAUGAAAGAGAAAAAGAAAGAUACGAGCGUGAGAUGCGCAACUACAAACCCAAACCGGAACCAGCAGGUGAAGCUAGUACAGCCACAGCUUCAGAUCUAUGCACACCUUCCACUACUGAGCUCAUUGAUGCGUCUGUGAAAGAGGAACUGGAUGUUUGA